AUGAGCGACGCAGCUCUAUCAAAAAUAGCCAACUUGAUCAAGGUUGAGGACGACCUCGUGAAAAUAGGGGCGUUAAAACAACAAUUUAUCAAAGAAAGAACGUCGGUGGAUUUGAAACUCAAUGCUGCCUCACAAAAUCAAAUCGACUCAAUAAGUGACAACUUGACUAAUUUGAAAAAAUCGGUUCAUAAACUCAAUUCAAUCAAGGGGAAUCUCGGGAAGAUUAACCAACUAUACGACGAGUCAAUUACCAACGUGGAAGAUUACGACACCAUAAGACAGAUCUCAAUCGUGAAUCAAUUCCUCAUUCAAACCGGUAAUCUUUACCACGACAUAUCCAACUUUAAAGGUUUCAUUCAAAGGUUGGCUACCAUGAUUCAGGAUGAACUAUCUAUUGUGCAAGAUGAUCCUGGUUAUUCCUUGGAUAACAUAUUCCGCAUUCAUUAUAACAUCACUCAAGCACGUAACUUCCAGGAUUAUCUCCAGCAACAAUCAAGUACAUUAUCGGAUGACUUGCAGUCUAUCAUCUUCAAGCUUGUACUUCCACUUCAGGAAGUGGUCAAAAAUUUCGAUCUCCUUUUGGCAGAAAUCAUAUAUUCAAUCACCGAAGCAGCCAAAGAAGGUAACUACACUCUCGCCUUCAAGAUCAUCAAGAUCAUUGAGUUUGAGGCUAAUGAAGACUUGAAAUUCUCUUUGUUGAAUAAGCUUGACCUUUUGAAGGCUCGCGAUAUGCGAAUAAUCAACUAUGGAAACUUUAGGGGAAGUAAGAGAAAUUAUCGAAAAUUUUUUUAUGAUAAAUUGCAAGAAAGUCUUGAUGAAAUCUUCGAUAAAUGUGUUGAGCACUUUGCUCACGACAAAAUACUUGUCUUCGACAACUUAAACUGGCUCGAAGAUGAAUUGGUAUUUGUCGUAAAUACAUUGGCUCCGGUCUUCCCUCCAAAUUGGGCAAUCGACACUUUUGUUCAUAAUGUUUACUACAACAAAUUGCAUGAUUUCAGCAUGGAAUACAUCAACACAGACCCUCCAGCAGAAGACUUGCUCAAGAUAUUGUCCUAUGAUAAACAUUACAGCGAGUUUAUUGAAAGCUUAAACUUUACAUCUUCGGAGCAGGAUGAGAGUACUGCAAAGACGAAAAAAACGAAAAGGUCCAUCAUUGGAGAAGAUCUACGCAACGUUGUUCUCGAAGAUUAUCUUAAGGUAAUCGUGAUAAAAAUGAAUGAAUGGAAUGACAAUCUUAUCAAACAAGAAACCCAAGUAUUCUCACAGAGAGAGUCACCUCCAGACAUUUACACCUAUCAUCAAGUUUAUGAAGACGAAAACAGUCAGGAUGAACUCAUGGUUUUUGAAGUUGACUCAGAAGUAUUUGUUCUUCCCGACUUUAAAAUUCCAUUAACAAUGCUUAAAGAACAAGCAGAUGUAGCUGCUGAGUCUGGCUACGGUAAGAUUCUUGUUGGAGUAAUUGAGCACUGGGCAGAACAGUAUCAGAAACGUGUUGAUAACUAUCUAUUGCUUGUCGAAGAUGAAUACGACCGUUACAUGUCUGUUUACAACAACGAGCGGUUUUUGAUCAAAGAGAGUAAGAUGAAACGUCUUUUCAAGAAGGAUAUUCCAACUAUCGAUCAGGAUAUUGAGAAUAUGACACAAGAAGAACUAGCUCGGCUUUCGAAACCAGGUUUAAUCGAAUACCUUGCAGCACUUGGAAACACCUACGAAAUCACCACUGAGCGUUUGCAUGAGAAAUUCUUGCCCAAGUAUCGCAACAAAGUGCAUUCCACUUAUCAAGAACGUAUAGAUAUUGCGUUCGAGAGUGUUGUUGCUCCUACCGCCAAAUUAAACGGACUGGCUAUUAGAUGCAUGGUGGAUAUCAUCGUCAAUGAUUUGUAUCCAGCGUUUUCUGUCCUCUUUACCAAAACGUGGUACGACGAUAGUAAGAGACAGAAUUCUGACGAGUUGAAUGUAGCUGAAAAAAUCGUGGAAACCAUUUGCGAAUACAUGGAAGAGUUGAGAGGAUAUGCUUCGUAUGAGAUAUACUCGGUAACAUUCAAUAUCUUCUUGGACUCUUUCAUUGCAUCGUAUAUCAGAAUUGGCUAUGAAAAUAUUCUUUACGGAGAGGGUCGAAAGAUUGAACCAGACCAAGUCAAAAAAUUCAAAUCAUUUAGCGAGGCAGUUUCCAGAGAUGCUACUAUUCUUUAUGGAGGAUUGGAGCACCUUUUCACCCGGAAGGAUGCUGCGUACUUGUUGAACAGUCUUCGAGCGAUUGAGAUGUUAGGUGAAUUGGCAACAUGUGAAGAUCCUAUGAACUUUAUACCACAAAUGUGGGAAAAUGAAAUCUUGGGAUCAUUUUAUGACUGUUCUGUGGAAUACGUCAGAGGAAUAUGUCUUUGUCGUAAAGAUAUGGAUAAGGCACAGGUAACAACGUUGGUUAGCCAGCUUGAACAAAUCAAAAUCAGAUAUCAAACAGAAGUUGAGAAGCCUGUCAUAAUACCUGGCACCCUCCGUGAGUUCAAUUUUUACAGGAAAUAA